AUUUACCAAACACCUCAUUGAUAAGCUCGGGUAUGGCACUCGGGUAUGGGUCAGUUUUGCCUGGGGUCUGACUUCUGUAUCGUUUCCGAAUGUUUGCAAACAAUUGUCCGAAGAGUCCCAAUUCCGCGCGCUUCAUUACUCUUUUAAUAUUCUUCCUUUCCCCAAAUCUCCGGCGUUAAAAUUCACUCUCACAUACAAUCGUCGGCAUCUAAACCUAGAAAACCUCCAUUUACAAGCUACAACUCUUAUCAUCGUCUUUUCAUUCAUCUUAUUCAUAGUUACAAACAAAGCUCACAUCAAUGGCGAUUACAGUAAACGAACUUCUCAAUCAGUGGCGAGCAAUCGAAGAAGAAAAUGAAGAUGUUGACGAUUGUUGUAGUGAUAGCGAUGAUAUUACGGUUUCUUCAAAGAUUAAUCAUAUUCAACAAGCUAAAGAGAAUUGGUUUACAGCUGCAUACAAUUUUCUGAUUUGUUUGCCUGAGGAGCAUCAUGUUUGGUGUGGAUUUUGGGAUAUAAUGGGCCCUUUUCUAGAGACAUUUUUCAAUUUUUUCAAGGUUGAGGGGGAUGAGUCUCUUCUUAAGAAUAUAUGGGCGAGGGUAUCUAGAGAAAUGAGGAGAUGUACAGAGUGUAUUUCUCGACAUCACCAAGCCCAAGAAAUGUACAAAUGUGAAUAUGAAUCAAGUUUCAUUUCUCCCUUACUUAGUAUAUUGCAGUACCUUGAUGAAGAAAGAGUAUUUGAACACCUUAAAGAGGCUAAUGCAAGGCUUGCAUUUGGAGGAUAUGAUGUUACUCGUGAUAACACUGAGAUUGUUUGUCUAAUGUUUGAGGUCUUAACUUUUCCUGUAUUAAUGGAAGAUGACGCCAUUGCUAAUGAAUUUCAAAAGUUGAUUGAGGCGGUUGAUGAUGUUCACGAAUUAGCAUUAGCUAAGCAACAACACUUUCCGGGUGUAUACGCAUUACUUUUUCUCAAAAGUAGAAAGUCAAGAUCCAUUGGCCAUCGGUUGGCUGGUAACUUAGGGAAAUUAAGUUCUACAGCAGAGUUGGAACCACUUCAGCCUUUGCUUAAGAGAGGCAUUGGUUUCUUGGCUGGAGAUGUGGUGCAGUCAAGUUCUGAAAUUUUGAGGCCUAGGGUGCAAAUGGAUCGUUUAACUAUUUGGCUGGGCCUUAAAGCAUUGCUUGCUUUUUUGGAACCUCCAGCUCUAGAAGACGGGAUUUUGGAACCAUAUCCCGUUUUUCUCAAUUUUGUGCUGGACCAUAUUAGUGACGAUUCUGCUGAGUUUUCUCAUGCAGUCAAUUGCAUGAGGUUGCUCUUUGAGAUUCUGGGCUGUAAAUUAUGGUUGAGAACUUCAUUGCCUCCUAGUGUGAUGCGUGACUCGCUACUGAGUCAAUGUUUUCAUACUCGAAAUGAAAAAACUCAUAAGGAAAUAUUUGAUCUUUUGCAACCUCUUUUACAGUCUCUAGAAUCUUUGCACGAUGGAGAAUUUGAAAAGCAACGUAGACAUAUAAUAUACUUUCUCUUGCAUCAAGUAACAAGAAGUAGUAACUUCAGCAUUCUAAUGAGGAAAAAGGCUUGCCAGAUUGCUCUUCUUCUUGUUCGUCGUGGUUACAAGAUGAACCCACCUAGCCCCCCUUACGAGUGCGCACACAUGUGGGGGCCUUCUCUUGUGUCUUCUUUGAAAGACACAACACUUCAUACUUCCUUGCGGCAACCUGCCAUUGAUCUUAUACAAACAAUUAUUGUGUCUGAUGCUACUGCAUUGCUGUCUUCCUUAUUGCAUUGCCAGACCCCAACAGUUGAUCAUAACAUUUCGUUUGAACUGAAUGAAGAAACUGAUGAUAUCAAUUCAUCUGCCCCGCUGGUCGAAGAGAAACAUGUUUGUUGUUGGAAUGAUUUCACUUUUCAGAGUAAUAUUGUUUGUCAGGAGUAUACUGAAUGGAUGUGUGUUCCCAUGUUGUGGUUUGAUGUUUUGGUAGAAAUUGAAUGUUCUAUUCUACCAAUAUCAAUUGCUAAUGCUGUCCUGUGGGCUUUAUCUCGUUUUUCCAUGGUCGAGCCUGAAAAUCCCUCUGAGCUGUCACUUCCUGUUAAAACAUGGCUUUCAUCUUGUGCUGCUGAAGUUUCAGCCUUUGUUGGUUGGAAGUCCCCUACUGGCUCUGAUGAUAGUGGAGAUGGAAAGACAUCAAAAAAUUCAGUGAGGGUGUCAACAAUGUGUAUUCCUUUGAUAAGAACCUUACGGAGGUUAGCUGCACACUUCAUAAUUCAAGUGGAGCAAGGGGAUCUUCAAAAGCAGUGGACUUGGGAGCCACCAAUGGGUGACAGUCUGAUUCUUUUGCUUUCAGACCCCAAUGAUAAUGUUCGACAAUCUGGUAGGCGUAUUUUGGAGCAAGUCUCAGGUACACGGGGUCUUACUUCUGGUUUACAGUUUCUCUGCUGUUCUCGAUCUUCGUUGACUGCAAUUCGUUCAGGCUUGAAGCAUGCUUUGAUUCUGGUACAGUUGGAUUCUGUUCUUGUCAAUUUCCAAAGUUUGCAUCACUUCUUCUUUGUCCUGAGCAAAAUUUUUAAAGAAGGGUUUUCACCUCCCACUUAUUCAGUGGGAAAUUCAUCUGGUGAACCAAAUCUUAAGUUUGCAUCCCAAGGUGGAUUCUUGCGCCAGACAUCCCAUGAAUCUCUCAAUGUGAUUGAUAACAAAGAAUUUUCUAAAGUUAAGAAGGAACUAUGGAAGAGCUUCAGUUCUGAGCUUGCUGAAUGUGCGUGGCUUCCUGUGAAGAAGUGUGUGCAUAAAGGAAAGGCUUUUAUGGAUUACAAAAUCUCACUGAUGUCGUGUGUCCGCCUCCUAGAAAUUUUGCCCAUUAUCUUUCGAGAAAUCAGCCAAUCACCUGAUGGGUUUCUUGGUAAAUUUCUGAAGAUGGAUGGCUUGUCUGACUUUAGCUGGCUCCAUGAUCUGGCAGAUUGGGGAAAAUCUUCUCUGAAUGUGGUGUUGCGAUACUGGAAGCAGUCCAUGAGUUCCUUACUUUCUUUGUUGAAGAGUUCAUGCAAUGAAAAAUCAGGGUCAAUUGUCACAGCUAUUGAAAAGUUGAUUGCAUCUGAUGCAGUUCCUAUGGAUUCAUUGACAGAGCAAGUAUCACACCUUUCUAUUUCAUUGUCAGAUAAAGGUUCAUGUAUGGACAAAUCUGAUCAGAAGUUGAAAUCACCACCAGAUGGAUUAUCAGCAGGGAAGAAGAGUUCAUUUUUAGAUGUCGAGUCUUCUGUGCAAAUGUCUGCUGUAGCAACUAUGAGCAAAAAAAGUAGUGAAACUGUAAUAAUUUUGUCAGAUGAGGAGACAGAUACUUCAAAAUCUCUUGCAUUAGUUCUAGAUGAUACAAAGCCAAUCGAGGAUGACGUUGUGGCUCGUACUGCUGAUAAGGCAGUAUCACAAGUUGACAUUGAAAAUAAGACAUUUGGAUCUGACAUUGCAGGGAUUUUGUCAGAAGCUUUUGAGAAAAAAGUUUCUCCAAAGGAUGCUAUUGUCACUCCAAUGUCUCAGAAGCCUGUUGUGACAAAACAUGUCUUGAAAUCAUCAUCUCUUACCAAAAUAAAGGACAAAGAGAUUAUAGAAAAGGACAUUAACUUCAAAAGUGUUACAAAUGAAUGCAUCUCACCCCUUGAUAAAGCUAGAGUUUCCUCUUCUGAAGUUGCCAAACCCAAACAUCCGAUAAAUGCUCAGAAAAAGAAAGUUGCUGUUUUAAAUGACCCCACUUUAAAGGAAAUAGUGCGUGACAUUGAAGAUCCAUUAGAGCUUGCAUUGAAGUCUGCUGGACGCAAUCAUUCUCUUCUGAAAAAGCAGGGACCCUCUCUUCCUAAACGGCGAGUCAUUCAACUUGCGGAUCCUGUCGAAAGUAGAUCUGCAUACUUGCGUAAGCUGGAGGCAGCAGCCAAAAGAUUCAAGCCUCCAAAUAUGGAUGAAUGGUUUAAACCAAUACUGGAAAUGGACUAUUUUGUAUCUGUUGGAUUAGCUACUGCAUAUGAAGAAGAGAAUAAGACUCAUCUUGUUUUAAAGGAGAUUCCAGUGAGUUUUCAAUCACAUCAACAGUAUAUAGAUAUUUUUCGUCCCCUAGUCUUGGAAGAGUUUAAAGCACAAAUACUUAGUUCUUUCCAAGAGGUGUCUUCAUUAGAAGAUAUGCCUUGUGGGGGUGUAUCUGUGGUUUCAAUAGAAAGAAUUGAUGACUUCCACCUUGUUCGAUGUGUCCAUGAUGAGCAUGGUUCUGCAAUAUCUAGCAGCUGUCUUGAGAAUGACUUGGUUUUGCUCACUAAACAGCCUUUAAAGUAUUUUCCUCAUAAAGUUCACCUAGUUGGAAAGGUGGAGAGACGUGAGAAAGACAGCAAAAAAAGGCUAAACAUGCUUCUCAUUAGAUUUUAUCUUCAAAGUGGAUCGUCACGCGUAAAUAUUGCGAGAAAGCAACUUCUUGAGAGAAGCAAAUGGUAUCUGAGUCGUAUUAUGAGUAUAACUCCUCAACUUCGAGAAUUUCAAGCACUUUCGUCAGUGGAGGUUAUCCCUGCCCUUCCCAUUAUCUUAAGACCGUCCGAUCAUGCGCACCCUUCCGGCCAAUUGAAAAAGGUUGAUUUGUCCAAGUUGUCACAACUAAUGCAGCAAGUGCUUAAGUCUACCUUUAACGAGAGUCAGAUUCAAGCAAUCAGUGCUGUUGUGAAAGACCCUGAUUCCAGAAAUGAUUUUGACUUGUCUCUUGUUCAGGGUCCUCCAGGUACUGGGAAGACACGCACCAUUGUAGCUCUUAUCAGCGCGUUGUUAGCAGUUUCAUCAUGGUCAAAUGCUAUGGAUAAACAAUCUGGUGGUAGUUUGCAAGUCAAAUCAACUCCAUACACCAAUUUCAGGAAAAGCAUAAGUGAGUCUGUUGCUAUUGCAAGAGCGUGGCAGGAUGCUGCCUUAGCUAGACAACUGAAUGAUAAUGCUGAGAAGGAUACGAAAAUGCCUAAGGCCUCAGCUAGAAAGAGGGUGCUUGUUUGUGCUCAGUCAAAUGCUGCUGUUGAUGAAUUGGUCUCAAGGUUAGCUGGUGAAGGUCUAUAUGGCAUUGAUGGAAACAUGUACAAACCGUACCUUGUACGUGUUGGUAAUUCAAAAACAGUGCAUCCAAAUUCAUUACCCUUUUUUAUUGACACACUAGUGGAACAUCGUCUUACUGAAGAAAAGAUGGUUGUAGGAGAUGGAAAGGAUAAUUCGAGUGAUGAGACUUCGACAAUGAUACGUGAGAGUUUAGAAAAGGUACUUGAUCGUAUUAAGUUUUAUGAAUCUAAACGUGCCAAUCUGAAAGAUGAAGGUACAGAAGAAAAUGAUGCUUCUUUGGUUAAUCAUCUUGAAGUUGACAAUGGAAAGAAGUUAUCUAGUUCAGAGCUGGAGGCUAGAUUGAGAAGCCUUUAUCGUCAAAAGAAGGAGAUCUAUACACAACUUGCAGUUAUACAGGCAAGGGAAAAGAAGGUUAGUGUAGAAACUAAAGCAUUAAGGAUUAAGUUAAGGAGGUCAAUAUUAAAGGAAGCUGAAAUAGUGGUUACAACAUUGAGUGGGUGCGGUGGAGAUCUAUAUUCAGCAUGCUUUGAGUUUAUGUCCAAAUCUAAAAUGGCUAACCUCAUUGAGCAGAAUUUGUUUGAUGCUGUGGUUAUUGAUGAAGCAGCUCAGGCUUUGGAACCAGCAACUCUGAUUCCUCUUCAGCUCUUAAAAUCAAGUGGCACCAAAUGCAUCAUGGUUGGUGACCCGAAGCAACUUCCUGCGACAGUGCUUUCAAAUGUUGCCAGUAGAUAUAUGUAUGAAUGCAGCAUGUUUGAGCGUCUACAGAGAGCUGGUUAUCCAGUCAUUAUGCUUACUGAACAAUAUCGUAUGCAUCCUGAGAUCUGUCACUUUCCUUCGCUGCAUUUUUAUGAUGGCAAGUUGCUUAAUGGUGUUCCAACAUCAAGUAAAACAGCACCUUUUCAUAAGACAUCAGGGCUUGGACCUUAUGUCUUCUAUGAUGUUAGAGAUGGUCAGGAGUGCUAUGGUAAAAAUUCUGGGUCCUCCUCGCUUUAUAAUGAGGGUGAGGCAGAUGCUGCUAUUGAGUUAGUGAAAAAUCUUCAGAAAAGGUAUCCAUCUGAGUUUGUUGGGGAAAGAAUUGGAAUAAUUACGCCCUACAAGAGCCAACUUUCCCUUCUGCGCUCAAGAUUUUCCAAUGCAUUUGGGUCUUCUGUUUCUUCUGAGAUAGAAUUUAAUACGGUGGAUGGUUUCCAAGGUCGUGAAGUUGACAUUCUCAUUCUUUCAACAGUUAGAUCUUCGAAUUCAUAUCCUAUAACACCCAAAAUGAACUCUAGCAGUAUAGGGUUUGUUGCUGAUAUAAGACGAAUGAAUGUAGCUCUCACAAGGGCAAGGCUUUCUCUGUGGAUUUUAGGCAAUGCAAGGACUUUGGAGAAAAACAGUGAUUGGGCUGCUCUUCUGGAGGAUGCCAGGGAGCGGAAUUUGAUUAUUUCUGUGAAGAGACCUUACAAGGCCAUAUGUGAGAACAUAUUGGGAAAAACUUCAGACACUAAAGAUUCUGGAGAUUGCUGUGGAGUGAUGAGUGAAGUUAACCCGUAUCCCAUGCAAGUUGAAAGUAAUCAUGACAGUUGUAGAAGGAAAAGUAAGUAUAAGGAAAUGAAACAUGGACGUACGAAAUCUCCUGUAACUGAAGUUUUGGAGAUUUUUAAAAGAGAAGUUGAUAUUCGUGGGAAACGUAAGAAGCAGACAAAGCAACUGCAAAUUUUGGAGGAUAGGCGUACGAGUGGGAAAAAAAUUAAGGAAAGUGGAGUAGACAAAACUGAGCAAGAAGCUAGUGGGCUUGGUGAAAUUUCAAAUCCACUGGGAUCAAGUGAGGAUGUUCAUAUUAUUGAAAAAACUGUAAAAGAAACUAGGAACGUACACCAGCUUGAACAUGAAAAUAGUGGUGUUAAGAAAAUGUCUGAUACGUUGGGCUCCCAAGGAUUUGAAAAUUCUUUACGGCAUCCUAAGAGUCAGGAAGAUAAAGUUGCCUUAGGAUCAUAUAUCAACUGCAAGCUACGAAGUAAGGACAUAGAUGGAAGAGGCCAAUCUUCGAAUGAGAUUGAGAGGCCAAAAGACUUGAUUUCCAAAAGAAAACAACAGCGAGAGGCUGUGGAUGCCCUUCUUUCCUCAUCCCUUUUACCUUCAAAGAAAUCUGAAACUUCUACCAGAGGCAUGGCUCAAAAAAGAGCUGUUUCUUCAUCAUCUAAAAGUGGUGCUUUUAGACCCACCAAACAGCAAAGAGGUCUGCAAGCUGAAACACACGAGCAAAAGAAAGACAGGAUUGUGGACUCCCAUAGCUCAAGAAAAAAGAAAUGAUUUCAUAUUGCCUGUUCAAUUUCUUUAUCACCUGAGAAAGACUGCCAUUGCUGUGAAUAUACAAGAAUGAUUUGUUUCUCUUCUCUUGUUCUCAGUGCUGUCUUUCGAGGCCAUGGGCAUUAAAUGCUGCAUUGCAGGUUUCACUUAGAGAUGUCGAAUAAAGCUAUAUGGUAAUGCUACUGCUGCUAAAUUUAGGAGGGUGAAGCUUUCUGGUUCUGCAUGUUAAAUGUCAAGUUCCAUGAUUUUGUACCUUCUCGCAAUCCAAUUACUAUUUAUGGAGAAUGUAUGACCUCAGAAGUUUAGGUCAUUGAGCUGAAGAUGUACACAAUGACACCCUCUGCCUAUGUCCUAGCAGGGAACCAUACCUUUUACAGUUUGCAGGAUGAAUGAUGCAGUCUUCUUGCAUGUUGUUGGGUGUGUAUUUUUGGCAUUCAAAGCUGGAUAUGUUUCAGUUGCCUCAGUUGCUCUGCAUGGAGGAGAUAUGAUGACUCAUUGAGUCUGCCCAUCUUAUCAAGAAAAAUGGGUGAUUUCUGAUUGGUUUAUCAAUGAUUGCAAAUGGUUGGCAGAGCCAGUGAAGGGUAGCUUUCGGAGGCUCAACAAAACUUAUGAUUGAGUAUUUACACCAUUUUUAUUGUGCUUGGUUGUUAUUCAGAUGGGCCAUAAAGGUUCUCUUUUCUUCUCUCUCUCUGAUUUUUUAUUUGGCACCAUCCCUUUUUUGGUCAAGUUACUAAUCAUAGCAUUUCCAUGUUAAGUAUCUCAUAUUGCUGGCAAAAUUCCAUGAUUAAUGUGCUCUGCAUUAGUCGUGGACCUUUAAAAAUAGCCUGUAAUCCAAUACGUGUACCUUUUCAUUAAAUCCAAAAGCAAAUUAUACAUUUUUGGGUAUUUAAAACCAAACAAUGUACUUAUUUUUUGGGUAUUAUAAUAGCAAACUAUACUUUUGCUAAUACCAAAUUUUGGAUAGUUGUUGGUCUCAGUUGGUCUCAACUUCAAAUUGUCGCAAAAAUUGUAAAUUUUUGUGAUAAGGGUAGCUACGAGGAAUCUGUCACCAACCUACCUACAAUGAGUUUAGAUUAGGCUCUUGGACCAUCCAUUGUAAAAUGUAGAUUGAAUUCCAAAGGUUUAGUGUACCAUAAACAUACGGAAGUUUAAUGCGCAAGUGGUUUCAAAUUUUAGUUUUGACUUGUUCCUCAAAUGACUUUAAGCUUAUUUCUUGACGCGUUUUCUCACGUCUUGUUUAGAGUUAGAAAGCUGUAUUGAAACAACUUAAAUCGUCAAUUGGAGUUUUGCUUUGGUUAAGUUCUUUUUUUUUUUUUUUUUUUUUUUUUUUUUUUUUUUUUUGCUUUUCUUAGCUUCAUGCAUCUUCACGUCCGAUUUAAACGUACUUCCAUGGUGAUGCGGAUCAAGUUGAUCAUCGAUAUUUUUAAUUUAAAUGAUUGUUGCACAUAUAAGUAGACUCGGACUUAGAUUCCCUAUAUUCUUAGCACCGAAACCAUGUUUCAUUAAGUUAUAUAUUUUGUUAACUUUCACGAGCAUAGAAACAUUCUUUUACAAGCAGUUUGAUUUUUUUUAGUUUCUAUUGAUUACUAGGUAUUGUAACUUGUAUCUGUGAUGAUUUAACAGCAAAUCAAAGUUGAGUCAUGACUACGUAAAUAAAAUAAGAGAUUUUAAAAUGAGAGAAGGGUGAGAAAGAUUUUUGUUUGAUUUUGUUUGGUUACUAUAUACAUAAGAAAGAAUACUAUGUUAUUAGUUAAGAACAUUUUAAAAAUUAUUUCAUAGUUACCUUUCUGUGUAACAUAGUUACUUUUACAAUUAUGAGUUUUUGGCUCAAUUAUGACCAUUGAUUUUUUUAUUUUAGUCAAAUCAAGGGUGUAGAGUCCUUUCUACCUUUCUCAUUUUCAACCCCUUCUCAAUGGAUCC